CGUUAACAGCAUAGUAAAAGAAAAACAUAAUGUACAUAAGCUAGCAGCAGCAGCAGACAAAAUAAUUGUUGAUACGAAAAAGGAAAAAACAUACCCAACAUGUGUUGACAAUGUUAAGCAAGCCGCAUUCUGAAAAAACAAAUAGGGUGUGACAAAUGUUUUCAAAAUUAGAAAUGAUACAAAAUUAUCAUUAUUAUGACCAUCGCCCCGCGAAGCUAAUUUGUUGUGAUAAACUAUUUGGCAAACCAUAGCAGCAUCAUCCAUGGGAAAAACUUACAGAAAAAGAGAAAGAAAUAGUCGCUACGGCCAAAUUUUUACAGAUCGUCGUCAAGAUAUGUUGGUACCAUUGCCAACUUUUCACAGGCAUUAUGGGUGGUUUUCGCAUUUGUCUUAUGCAGCAAAACGUUAAUGGAGGAAACAAUGGAUUAGCCCUCGAAGAUGAAGUUGUCUCAAUUUACAGCAAAAACUUCACAAAUAUUCCCAAGGACAGGGAGCCAUUUUAUGUAAAGGUUCAUCGAUGUGUACUCAACAUGAAAGACGACGGUUACAAUGUUCCAGGUCCCGAACGUUAUCCUCAACCCACAAAAAUGAAAGAAAUUGAGAUUGUUGUGCCUGAUUUAAAAAGCUACAAGAAGUUUUAUAAAUAUAUUGUCUACGAUCACAUUUCUUGUUACUGGAAGGAGUGGUCAGGCCAGCCAAUGAAUUUUGAUUUACACAAGAACCUUACUUCAAACGAAAUUAACGAAACAGAAUUUAAAUCUAAGGUUAAAUACAAUCCACCAAACGUGAGAGGAUGUAAUGACUACUGCAAGAAUCAACAGCCACGUUUUAAUGUACACAGUGAACCCAUGGCAGUUAAUAUUCAUCAACUCUUCAUACCAUUCAAACAAUGCCUGCCUGGUUGCAAAGCAACAGAGAACAUUCUAAAUGUUAGCACGAAACUCAAAAAUGGCUUCUAUAAGCAUUUAAAGAUCAUAAAACAUACAUCUUGCAAUCCUUGGAGUCCAUCUACGCAAUUACCAGCCGAUAGCAAUUUACUGGCUGUUAUAUUAAACACUUGGAAAUCACAACGUUUGAAUAAACAUCAAAGGGGAAGUGAUGCAGAUAUCAAACACAUUUUGUUAAAUAAAGGAUUGUUCCUCUACAUCACAUCACCUAAAAUGAUGUUUGCUGCUUUCGUCCUCUCAAUUGUCCUCAUUUCAAUACUUAUUCUGGACUGCAAUUUGUGUUGUCGUAAAAAAGGAAUAAUGUAUUUGUUGAUGACUUGUGGAAAGAAUAAAGAGUGCGAAGAUUGCAUAAGAAGACGUCAAACCAUGAUCGAAAUGGUUUAAUAGAAUGCUGAAAAGACACAAAUCAAAAGAAAUGAAGAAUACAGAGAACCAGACUGAGUCAUCAAUAAAAAUUGAUGCAGACACAGGAAAUGACCCCACAAGAACAAGACUUGAAUUAGUUGUGACGUGGUCAGCGUAAAUGCAGAAAAAUUAUGGGUACUAAUACAAUUAAAUCUAACAAAAUUAAUAUCAGCGUACUGAUAUAACUAUGUUUUCCUGGUAUCUCGCAUUUGAAGUAGCUUGUAAAUCUCCGUUUGUCCAUUUUGAGAAUUAUAGACACACCUUGUGUAAUCUGCUACAUGCUUAUUUUUUAUUUAUUUCUUCUGGUUAUAUAACAAACUUGAAUUUUCCUGUGGUCAAGAUAGAAAUUAAGGCAAAACAUUCCGCUAUAACAAUAAUAUAUGCCAUCUAAACUUUAUUCGAUAAACUUUGUAUUGGACGAACUUUCUACUGUAUGGAAAUAAGCUUUGUAUUGAACAACUCUUUAACAAGCACUCUAUUAUAAGCUCAAAAAUCAUUAUAAAUAAAAUUAGAAACGAUUGUA